GGGGCUGGGGCUGCCCUUGUCUGCGAAUCCUGGCAUGACCUCACCUUCUGCAGGUGAAUCAGAGUCUGUAUCAGUUUCUCUUUCGCUUUAGCUGCUCAACUGGCUCCAGGCCCCGCCCUGCACAGGCUGGCCUUUCCCAGCCUGGGGCCUCCCCUAGUGGCAGGUGUGUUUUCACUUUUCCUACAUCAGCUGGGAUUGCCCCUCUGUCCAAGCUAAAAGCUGCACCAUGGAGCCCAUGUCAGCAGAGCUGCAAGUUCAGACAUACAGACAGAACAGCAGCCUGAGACACAGAAGAGGAGACUGAGACCAGAGACACCAAACAAGGCUGGUGACUCCCAGGUGGCAGUCUCUGCGUGGACACGUGGACGCCCAUCUGCUGACAGAGACCAGAGAGCAGAGGCCAGAGACCAGGAUGAAGCCUGACUGGGCUGUGUGGUGCACGCUGGUGCUGAUGCUGAUGGCCGCGGUGCUGAGCAGGACAGGAGCAGUUCCUGCCCCUCCGCCCCCCAGGACCCACCUGGGUGCCAGGGGCUGCCACAUGGACCAGUUCAAGUCUCUGUCCCCACAAGAGAUGAAGGCCUUCAAGAGGGCCAAGGACGCCCUGGAAGAGUCCCUCCAGCUCAAGAACUGGCACUGCAGCUCCCGCUCACUCCUCAGGCCCCGGGACCUGAGGCAGCUGCAGGAGUGGGAGCGCCCUGUGGCCUUGGAGGCUGAACUGGCCCUGACACUGAAGGUCCUGGGGACAGUGACGAACUCGACCCUGGGAGACAUCCUGGACCAACCCCUCCACACACUGCAGUACAUCCACUCCCAGCUUCAGGCCUGUGUCCCAGCUCAGGCCCCAGCAGGCCCCAGGGCCCUGGGCCACCUCAACCAGUGGCUGCAUCGCCUGUGGGAGGCAGAGCAGAAGGAAUCCCAGGACUGCCUUGAAGCCUUUGUCACAUCCAACCUCUUCCGCCUCCUCAACCAGGACCUGAAAUGUGUCGCUGCAGGACACCUGUGUUCCUGA